AUGUCUGUGACAGUCCCAGAGCCCCACAGUCUCCCAGCCAUACAGCUUCCCAGCCCCACAGCCUCACAGCUUCCUAUCCCAACAGCCUCACAGCCUCCCAGCCCCAUAGCCUCCCAGUCCCACAGCCCUACAGUCCCACAGCCCCACAGCCUCACAGCUUCCUAUCCCUAUAGCCUCCCAGCCUCCCAGCCCUACAGUCCCACAGCCCUACAGCCUUACAGCUUCCUAUCCCCACAGCACCACAGCCUCCCAGUCCCACAACCUCCCAGCCCCACAGCCUCCCAGCCCCACAAUCUCCCAGCCCCACAGCCUCCCAGUCCCACAGCCCUACAGCCUUACAGCUUCCUAUCCCCACAGCACCACAGCUUCCCAGUCCCACAACCUCCCAGCCCCACAGCCUCCCAGCCCCACAGCCUCCCAGUCCCACAGCCUCCCAGCCCCACAGCCUCCCAGCCCUACAGCCUCACAGCCCCACAGCCUCCCAGCCUCCCAGCCCCACAGCCUCCCAGCCCCACAGCCUCCCAGCACCACAGCCUCCCACCUCCCAGCCCUACAGCCUCCCAGUCCUACAGCCCUACAGCCUUGCAGCUUCCUAUCCCCACAGCACCACAGCCUCCCAGUCCCACAGCCUCCCAGCCCGACAGUCUACCAGCCUCCCAGCCCCGCAUCCUCACAGCCUCCCAGCCCUACAGCCUCCCAGCCCCACAGCCUCCCAGCCCCACAGCCUCCCAGCCCCACAGCCUCCCAGCCCCACAGCCUCACAGUCUCCCAGCCCCACAGCCUCCCAGCCCUACAGCCUCCCAGCCCCACAGCCUCCCAGCACCACAGCCUCCCAGCCCCACAGCCUCACAGCUUCCUAUUCCUAUAGCCUCACAGCCCCACAGCCCCACAGCCCCACAGCCUCACAGCUUCCUAUCCCAACAGCCUCCCAGCACCACAGCUUCCCAGUCCCACAACCUCCCAGCCCCACAGCCUCCCAGCCCCACAGCCUCCCAGUCCCACAGCCUCCCAGCCCCACAGCCUCCCAGCCCUACAGCCUCACAGCCCCACAGCCUCCCAGCCUCCCAGCCCCACAGCCUCCCAGCCCCACAGCCUCCCAGCACCACAGCCUCCCAGCCCCACAGCCUCACAGCUUCCUAUUCCUAUAGCCUCACAGCCUCCCAGCACCACAGCCUCCCAGCCCCACAGCCUCACAGCUUCCUUUCCCAACAGCCUCACACCUCCCAGCCCUACAGCCUCCCAGUCCUACAGCCCUACAGCCUUGCAGCUUCCUAUCCCCACAGCACCACAGCCUCCCAGUCCCACAGCCUCCCAGCCCGACAGUCUACCAGCCUCCCAGCCCCGCAUCCUCACAGCCUCCCAGCCCUACAGCCUCCCAGCCCCACAGCCUCCCAGCCCCACAGCCUCCCAGCCCCACAGCCUCCCAGCCCCACAGCCUCACAGUCUCCCAGCCCCACAGCCUCCCAGCCCUACAGCCUCCCAGCCCCACAGCCUCCCAGCACCACAGCCUCCCAGCCCCACAGCCUCACAGCUUCCUAUUCCUAUAGCCUCACAGCCCCACAGCCCCACAGCCCCACAGCCUCACAGCUUCCUAUCCCAACAGCCUCCAAGCACCACAGCUUCCCAGCCCCACAGCCUCCCAGCCCCACAGCCUCCCAGCCCCACAGCCUCCCAGCCCCACAGCCUCACAGUCUCCCAGCCCCACAGCCUCCCAGCCCUACAGCCUCCCAGCCCCACAGCCUCCCAGCACCACAGCCUCCCAGCCCCACAGCCUCACAGCUUCCUAUUCCUAUAGCCUCACAGCCCCACAGCCCCACAGCCCCACAGCCUCACAGCUUCCUAUCCCAACAGCCUCCCAGCCCCACAGCCUCCCAGUCCCACAGCCCUACAGUCCCACAGCCCCACAGCCUCCCAGCCCCACAGUCUCCCAGCCACACAGCCUCCCAGUCCCACAGCCUCCCAGCCCACAGCCUCCCAGCCUCACAGUCUCCCAGCCCCACAGCCUCCCAGCCCUACAGCCUCCCAGCCCCACAGCCUCCCAGCCCCACAGCCUCCCAGCCUCCCAUCCCCACAGCCUCCCAGCCCCACAGCCUCACAGCUUCCUAUUCCUAUAGCCUCACCCCCUCCCAGCACCACAGCCUCCCAGCCCCACAGCCUCCCAGCACCACAGCCUCCCAGCCCCACAGCCUCCCAGCGCCACAGCCUCCCAGCCCCAUAGCCUCCCAGUCCCACAGCCCUACAGUCCCACAGCCUCACAGCUUCCUAUCCCUACAGCCUCCCAGCCCCAUAGCCUCCCAGUCCCACAGCCCUACAGUCCCACAGCCUCACAGCUUCCUAUCCCUACAGCCUCCCAGUCCCACAGCCUCCCAGUCCCACAUCCCUACAGCCUUUCAGUAUCACAGCCCCACAGGCUCACAGCUUCCUAUCCCUACAGCCUCCCAGUCCCACAGCCUCCCAGUCCCACAUCCCUACAGCCUUCCAGUCCCACAGCCCCACAGCCUCACAGCUUCCUAUACCCACAGCCUCCCAGCUCCACAGCCUCCCAGUCCCACAGCCUCCCAGCUUCACAGCCCCACAUCCUCCCUGUCCCACAGCCCCACAGCCUCCCAGCCUUUCAGCCCCCCAGUCCCACAUCCCCACUCCUCCCAGCCCCGCAGACCCAAAGCCUCCCAGCGUCACAGCCCACAGCCUCCCAGCCCUUCAGCCCCCCAGUCCCACAUCCCCACUCCGCCCAGCCCCGCAGACCCAAAGCCUCCCAGCGUCACAGCCCUACAGUCCCACAGCCCACAGCCCGCCAGUCCCACAGCCCUACAGUCCCACAGCCCUACAGUCCCACAGCCCACAGCCUCCAAGCCCCGCAGACCCAAAGCCUCCCAGCGUCACAGCCCACAGCCUCCCAGCCCCACAGCCUCCCAGCCCCACAGCCUCACAGCUUCCUAUUCCUAUAGCCUCACCGCCUCCCAGCACCACAGCCUCCCAGCCCCACAGCCUCCCAGCACCACAGCCUCCCAGCCCCACAGCCUCCCAGCGCCACAGCCUCCCAGCCCCAUAGCCUCCCAGUCCCACAGCCCUACAGUCCCACAGCCCUGCAGUCCCACAGCCUCACAGCUUCCUAUCCCUACAGCCUCCCAGUCCCACAGCCUCCCAGUCCCACAUCCCUACAGCCUUUCAGUAUCACAGCCCCACAGGCUCACAGCUUCCUAUCCCUACAGCCUCCCAGUCCCACAGCCUCCCAGUCCCACAUCCCUACAGCCUUCCAGUCCCACAGCCCCACAGCCUCACAGCUUCCUAUACCCACAGCCUCCCAGCUCCACAGCCUCCCAGUCCCACAGCCUCCCAGCCUCACAGCCCCACAUCCUCCCUGUCCCACAGCCCCACAGCCUCCCAGCCCUUCAGCCCCCCAGUCCCACAUCCCCACUCCUCCCAGCCCCGCAGACCCAAAGCCUCCCAGCGUCACAGCCCACAGCCUCCCAGUCCCACAGCCCUACAGUCCCACAGCCUACAGCCUCCAAGCCCCGCAGACCCAAAGCCUCCCAGCGUCACAGCCCACAGCCUCCCAGUCCCACAGCCCUACAGGCCCACAGCCUUCAAGCCCCACAGCCCUACAGUCCCACAGCCCACAGCCUCCAAGCCCCGCAGACCCAAAGCCUCACAGCGUCCACAGCCUCCCAGUCCCACAGCCCUACAGUCCCACAGCCCACAGCCUCCAUGUCCCACAGCCCUACAGUCCCACAGCCCACAGCCUCCCAGUCCCACAGCCCUACAGUCCCACAGCCCACAGCCUCCCAGUCCCACAGCCCUACAGUCCCACAGCCCUACAGUCCCACAGCCCACAGCCUCCAAGCCCCGCAGACCCAAAGCCUCCCAGCGUCACAGCCCACAGCCUCCCAGUCCCACAGCCCUACAGUCCCACAGUCCUCAGCCUCCAAGUCCCACAGCCUCCCAGUCCCACAGCCCACAGCCUCUCAGUCCCACAGCCCUACAGUCCCACAGCCCACAGCCUCCAAGCCCCACAGCCCUACAGUCCCACAGCCUUAAAGUCCCACAGCCUUACAGUCCCACAGCCCUACAGUCCCACAGCCCACAGCCUCCAAGCCCCACAGCCUCCAAGCCCCACAGCCCUACAGUCCCACAGCCCUACAGUCCCACAGCCUCCCAGUCCCACAGCCCUACAGUCCCAAAGCCCUACAGUCCCACAGCCCUAUAGUCCCACAGCCCUACAGUCCCACAGCCCACAGCCUCCAAGCCCCGCAGACCCAAAGCCUCCCAGUGUCACAGCCCACAGCCUCCCAGUCCCACAGCCCUACAGUCCCACAGCCCACAGCCUCCCAGUCCCACAGCCCUACAGUCCCACAGCCCACAGUCUCCCAGUCCCACAGCCCUACAGUCCCACAGCCCUACAGUCCCACAGCCCACAGCCUCUCAGUCCCACAGCCCUACAGUCCCACAGCCUCCAAGACCCACAGCCCUACAGUCCCACAGCCCUACAGUCCCACAGCCCUACAGUCCCACAGCCUCCAAGCCCCACAGCCUCCAAGCCCCACAGCCCUACAGUCCCACAGCCCUACAGUCCCACAGCCCACAGC